ACUUUUCAACUAAAGGGAACGGAAAGUGUUACAGAACGACAGACAUUAUCCAACAUGCGACUCUUAUUUGUGCUUUCUUUAGUAAUGAGCUUCUGUUGCUGCCAUCCUUCAGUGUUUAUAAGGAGCAAGGUGGCUAAUGAAGUCCUCACCCGAACAAAGCGGGCAAACUCUGGUUGGUUUGAGGAGCUGAAGAUGGGCGACCUGGAAAGAGAGUGCAUAGAGGAGAAAUGCUCUUAUGAGGAGGCCAGAGAGGUGUUUGAACAAACAGAAGUAACGAAUGAAUUCUGGAACAACUACAUUGUUGAAAACCUCUGUAUGCCAAACCCAUGUGAGAAUGAUGGUACCUGCACACAGAUGAAACAAUCCUACACAUGCCUGUGUCCAGCAGGUUUUCACGGGCGUAACUGUGAGCAUGUGUUUAAACUUAUUCCUGAUUCUUGCCUCGAUAAGAAUGGGGGAUGUGAACAUUUUUGUGAGGAAAAAACACGGAGACGCAACUGUUCUUGUGCAGAAGGGUACUUCCUUGGGACGGACGGACAAAGCUGUUUGACGAACGAGACAUUUCCAUGUGGCAAAGUGCAACUUUUUAAAUCCAACACCUCUGAGCAAGACUCAAGGGCCCGAAUAGUAGGAGGGGCAGAAUGCCCUAGAGGACUGUGUCCAUGGCAGGUCUUGUUAAAGUAUGGCCAAAAGAACUUCUGUGGUGGUGUGAUCUAUAAGCCUACAUGGAUCAUCACGGCCUCUCAUUGUUUAGAAAAGCUUGCAGUCAAGUUUCUCAAGAUAGUUGCAGGUGAGUACGACAUUGAAGUGGAAGAAGGCUCGGAGCAAACCAUAGAAGUGGACGAGAUCGUUAUGCACCCGAAUUACUCCUCUGCAACAACCGAUAAUGACAUUGCCCUCCUCCGUCUCCGCCGGCCCAUUGUUUAUAGUAUGUACGCAAUACCCGUGUGCCUCCCUCGCAAAACGAUGGCAGAACGUGAGCUGUGGAGGGUUCGCUUUCACACUGUGAGUGGAUGGGGACAACGCGCCGAGGGUGGUCCAACGGCACGAUAUCUCCGUAGGCUCAAAGUGCCCCGUAUCCACACUCAGGACUGUCUCAGGGAAAGCCAAGUCUCGUUAACCUUAAACAUGUUCUGCGCUGGCUACUUCGAGGGCAAGGAGGACUCGUGUAAAGGGGACAGUGGCGGACCUCUCGUCACCAUUUACGGGAACACCACAUUUCUCCUGGGCAUUGUGAGCUGGGGAAAAGGAUGCGCUCGCCCGGGUCACUACGGCAUAUACACCCGCGUGUCCAAUUACCUCGACUGGAUCCACAAGCGUACAUCAGUUCUCAAAUGAACCUGUAGAAAAGUGGGAGUGGAGUCAGUGGGAAAGAAACGUCAAGCUGUGUAGUUUUGUCAAAGUUUAUUCAGCAAUUUUUCUGUUAUAAUAAAAGCUUAUUAGAGUAACUAAGGAUUGGCAGCAUAGACUAUAAGCAAGGCGCACCCAGAAAUCAUGAAUUCUUACACUAUCUAGUGCUGCUCAGUGCCUGCUACAUUUUACACCACAUGGCCUUGAUUUAUUUUAAGUUUACAAUAAGCUCGACAGAGUGAAGUUAAACAUGAGCAGAUGUGCAAAGUAGGUCAUUCGCAGCAAAACAGUGAAUUACACAAUAAUCUUUAUCUUCACACUAAGAACUCAUAGCACUUUAAUACUACUUAAUUAUCAGGUUUUUUUUAACAUAAUAUACUGUACAAUUCAAUAUUGUUUAUUGAACUGUUUCGCUUCCAUCUCCGCUCUGUCUGUCAACAUUGCAAAUAAAAGAGAUUAAUCUAUCUAAA